AUGGUGAAUCCACCUGGGGUUGGAGGUAGCACGGGAGGGGCAACUGCGACCAUCAAUCUCCCCUCUGAGCCAGGCCCAUCCACCAACAACUAUCCACUCGAUCUCAGCGCAGUCAAGAAUGGCAUAUAUACUGCUUAUGCCCCUCAUAUUCCCUUCAGCCAGCGGCGAGCUCCGCCUUUAGACCUGUCGACGGUUGAACGGCGUGGUCAGCCGUCGGCUGCGAGAGAGACAAGAAGAGCUCGACCACAUGGCCUCCAGGAAGCACCCACCUUUCGCCCAACGGAAGAGGAAUUUAAAGAUCCAUUCGAUUACAUACGCACAGUACGACCUGAGGCAGAAAAGUAUGGAAUAUGCAAGAUCAUACCUCCAGACACUUGGUCGCCGGAAUUCGCUAUCAACACAGAACGUUUCUUCUUCAAAACACGGCUCCAACAGCUGAACUCAGUUGAGGGAGGGUCCCGUCAAAAUGUACAGUAUCUCGAUCAGCUCGCUAAAUUCCACAAACAGCAUGGCAUGAAUCUCAAUCGCUUCCCGAGUGUUGACAAACGUCCGCUAGACCUUUACAAGUUGAAGAAAGCCGUAGAGUGUCGUGGUGGCUUUGAAAAGGUUUGCAAGCUGAAGAAGUGGGCUGAAAUAGGCCGCGAUCUGGGUUACAGUGGGAAGAUUAUGUCCUCGCUGUCCACGUCACUGAAAAAUUCUUAUGCUAAGUGGCUUAAUCCUUACGAAGAGUACUUAAAGGUGGCGAAGCCAGGCGUACAGCAGCAACUAGAAUUCGAGAACGGCGGCCCGUUCACACCUUCAUGCUUGAAGCCAUUUCUGAAUGGGUCCCAGCAAAGCACACCUCUGAGUCUGAACGACGAAUCCCCCGCAAUCAAAGCCUCCGCUGCUCUGAAUACUUCGCUAAACGAUCAAAAUGAACCUGUUGAACAGAAACCCUUGGUUCUUGAUCAGCCUCAGCCUCCAACACAAUCUCAACCGGUUGUGUCAACCGGAUUUACUCCCGUCAAUCCUGGUGGUUUUACCCCUGUCAACGCUAGUCAAGCUUCUUUCCGUUUUGCAGCCGUAAACGGUUCUCAGAAAUACGACUUGGAAAAUGGUGGUCACAGGAGCCCUCCGCAGCCACCAUUCAAUGGUGGACUGCCGCAGCCCCAGAUCAAUGAAAACUCUUUCAUUGCUCACUUACCAAACGGCCAUCCAAACCCUUUGAAGCGAUCGUUUGGAACUGAAGGGAAGAGUACCCUACUGCCAAUGGAGGGUAGUAUCAGUUUCGAUUCAACCGACUCGGAUGAGCGUCGAAGCAAACGAGUCAAGAAAGCACCAACGGUCGUUGGAUCGCACAUGAAUCAACCUCGACCUGUUACGCCUAGGCUUUCGAGUGGACAGUCCAACGGCAAGAAAGGUGAGGCUUGCGAAGUCUGUGGUACUAAGGACGAUCGUUCCUUGUUCCUCGUUUGCGAUGGGUGUGACUACGGCUAUCACAAGAAUUGUCUAGAUCCUCCUGCGAAGACGAAUCCUUUGGUGGAUUGGCACUGCCCAAAAUGCCUCGUCGGAACCGGCGAUUUUGGCUUCCAGGAGGGUGGUGUUUACUCGCUACGUCAAUUCCAAGAAAAGGCUCGUCACUUUAAACAAAGCUACUUCGAGCCCAAGAUGCAGUACGACCCAGUGACGAACAAAAAGAAGACUAUUACUGAGGAUGAUGUUGAAAAGGAGUUCUGGAGACUCGUAGAGAGUCCUUCUGAGGAAGUUGAAGUAGAAUACGGCGCUGACAUACAUUCUACUACCCACGGUAGUGGGUUCCCUAUUAUCGAAAAACACCCCCUUGAUCCCUACUCCAUUGAUCACUGGAAUCUUAAUAUUCUACCAUAUCACCCCGACUCGCUCUUCAAGCACAUCAACUCGGAUAUCUCUGGCAUGACUAUUCCUUGGCUUUAUGUGGGCAUGUGCUUCUCAACCUUUUGUUGGCAUAAUGAGGAUCACUAUGCGUACUCCGCAAAUUAUCAGCAUUUUGGCGCCACAAAGACUUGGUAUGGUAUACCUGGCGCCGACGCAGUACGCUUCGAACAGGCGAUGCGUGAAGCCGUGCCGGAACUUUUCGAAUCGCAGCCGGAUCUUCUUUUCCAGCUUGUGACGCUACUUCCACCAGAUCGCCUCAAAAAGGCGGGCGUGAAUGUGUACGCUUUAGAUCAGCGAGCUGGGCAAUUCGUCAUUACCUUUCCUCAAGCCUACCAUGCUGGAUUCAAUCACGGCUUCAACUUCAACGAAGCCGUCAAUUUUGCGCCCGAUGACUGGGAGCACUUCGGUGAAGACGGGGUCAAACGGCUUCAAGAGUUCCGGAAGCAGCCUUGCUUCUCUCAUGAUGAGCUACUCACAACUGCAGCUCAGCGUGAUACAACGAUCAAGACUGCAAGAUGGUUGGCGCCUGCACUACAGCGUUUGGGUGACCGCGAGUGUCAUCAACGUCUUGAAUUUCUCCAAAGGCAUAAAGAGUGCUCUCAUGCCCAUCAUUGCAAGGUUGACAGGACUGGCGAUUCUGAACCUGAGUGCGAGCUAGAUUUCGAGGUUUUAGAUGUUGAUGUACCUGAAGCCGACUACCAGUGUGUUCAUUGUAAGGCCUACAGCUAUCUCUCCACUUUUCGAUGCACGGCGAGUGGCAAAGUCAUGUGUCUGCUUCAUGCUGGCAACUUUGAGUGCUGUGAGACAAGCGAGGAGCAGCGCUACAGAGGGGCCCGUCAUGUUUUGAGAUACCGACUGAGUGAUCAAGCUUUAGGUAGGCUUGUACAAAGGGCUAUUGACAAAGCCAACCAGCCCCAGGCAUGGCAGGAGAAGGUCAGCAAGGUACUUGAAGGCGAAGAGAGUCCGUCGUUGAAGACACUCCAAUCGCUUGUAAAUGAGGGGGAGAAGAUACCCUGGGAUUUACCUGGUCUUAUGGAUCUCAAGACAUUUGUCACCAAAUGCAAUGAAUGGGUCGAAGAAGCCCAAAAUUACAUCACUCGAAAGCAGCAAAACCGUCGGAAGAACGAAAGGGCAUGGCGUAAAGGAAAAACAGCCAAAGCCGACGAAGUCGAAGAACGUGAAAAGGAUCUUAGAAAGAUCGAAAAUGUCAAUAGGCUUCUGCACCAAGCUGAGAGUCUUGGCUUUGACUGCCCCCAGAUCACUACGCUUAGAGACCGGUCAGAAGCGAUUGCCGAGUUCCAGAAAAACGCGAGAGCUGCAUUGGCAAAUCCAAAACUUCGCACCACCGUGGAACUCGAGGAAUUGGCUGAAUCUGGAAAGGGGUUUAACGUCGAUGUACCAGAAGUCGAAGAGCUUGAGGCAUUUGUGAAGAAGCAGAAAUGGACGGACCAAGCUGUGGAGCGUCGAAAUACUGCGGGGCAGACUUUCAAGACCUUGACUGAAGUAAAAGCUUUCAUUGCGAAAGGCCUCGAAGUGGGUGUAGCCGAAGAAGACGAUCAUUUGGCGCAUCUUAAGAGUCUGCGAACCAGCGGUGAGCUCUGGGAAGAAAAGGUGUGCGACGUCAUGGCAAUGGAUAUCAUUCACCAUCCGCAACUCGAAGCUCUUGCAGCGCAAGCUGAAAAUCUUCCUAUAACAGAAGAAACUCGGGCCAAGAUUGAUUCUAUUCUUAGCAAACAGCGUGAAGCGCAGAAGAUGAUCAAGAGCCUCUUCGAUCGCAGUCAGGAAUCAGACUCAAGCAAGCGUCCAAAGUACAAAGAGGCUCGGGAGGCUUUAGACGGCCUGAAUGUCCUCAAUAGCAAACCACACGGAGCUAUGGACCUUGAGAAUGCACUGAAGCGGCACGAAAACUGGAUGCGAAAAGGAAAGAAACUUUUUGGCAAGGCAAAUGCGCCUCUCCAUAUCCUGCACCAGCAUUUGACAUAUGUUGCUGAGCGUAAUAGUUUCUGCUUCGACCCAUCUGAUAAACCACGGAUGCCUGUGGAGCCAGCCACCAGGGAGAACACACCUGUGGAGGGCGAAGAGAAUGAAGGGGUCAGGUCCGAGAAGAAUGUCUUCUGCAUGUGUCGGCAGCCUGAGUCAGGGACAAUGCUCGAAUGUGAGCUAUGUCUCGAAUGGUACCACAGCAAAUGCCUCAAAAUCGCGCGUGGCAAAGUUAAAGAAGACGAUAAGUACAAUUGUCCAAUCUGUGAUUACCGAGUCAAGAUACCGCGUGAUGCAGCCCGACCAAAACUGGAGGAUCUGACUCAAUGGCAAGAAGAAAUUCCGGAUCUACCGUUCCAGCCUGAGGAGGAAGGCAUUUUAGACGAGAUUGUAAACGUUGCACAAGCUUUCCGCGACUUUCUACGCCCUCAUAUCAACCCUAUGAUGACAAUACCAUCCGAGGUAACAACGCAGCGCUUUUAUUUGCGGAAGAUUGAAGGUGCAGAGAUUCUCUUGAGUUUCGAGACGAACUUCUUCCGCCAAGAGGUUCAUAAAUGGGCGCCGGUUGCGAAAGAACCUCCUCCUGUGCUAGAGCAGUCCCUUUCCACCCGGAAGCCUCGCCCAACGAAAGCGCAGAAGUUGAUGCAGCAGCAUGGUGUCAGCAGCCCAGAGGAGCUGCCCCUUCAAUUUCGAACAAAGGCCUAUUACCAACCAGGAAAAUCUCGACAAGGCAGCGAUCCCACCAUUCGACCAAUUCCAGUCAAACGUCCGACAUCCUCCCACUCCGCUUCUACAGAUCAGUCCUCCAAUCCACAAGCGCAGGAAAGACGAGCACCGCCGCCAAUAUCGACCGGCUAUCGUGACGCGAACUACGCGGCGGACUACCCCGUGCCACCAUCUCAUGAUCCACACUCAGCCUCCAUGUCGCCGCGUUAUGCAGGAAGUCCUUACUUCGCUAGCUCAAACGGUCAACAUACCCAAUCGCCCUUCGGACACCAACCCUCACCUCUUUCUGCCACCCAACCGCCUUUAGAUACAAGUCUUUUUGACACUGGCGCAGAAAGCCCAUUUGAGCACCCUCAUGCCCGUCUGCCAAGUACGCCGCCCGAGCAUAAUUUUCCAGGUGAUACUUCGCCCCCGGCAGACGUGGACCGCAUAUUCGACGAAUUUGUGACUCACCCUGAAGACGACAUUAAUGAUUCAAAUGAGGUUGCCGAAGCACUGGAAGACCGUGGCCGGGAACAAGAAGCUGAGACCACUAAUGGAUACAAAGACGACGCUGAGUAG